AUGGAAACAAAGUUGAGGAGAAAGAAAAUCAGUCUCCAUCUUGCGUUUUUCUCCGACGUGGCAGCUGCAUCUCAGCUUGAUUCAAGUUCUUCACAGAGAAAUAGGGAUCAAAGAUCAUCAACAGAGGUCGCAACAAGGAUGGGUUUAUCUGAUUGCCCACCUUUAAAUGAUUCUUAUGGUAAAAGUGGAGGCAAGGAGGUGGUCUCAAUCUCUUCUGAAAUUCUAAAAGAAGUAACUAGAGACUGUGAGAAAUUGGUUGUUGGCUACUUCAUUGGAAAAAGACGCUCCUUCUCGGAAGUUCAAUUUGCAAUUGCCAAUACUUCGAAGAUGGAAGCAGAGAAGUGCGCUUCUGGUCCAAAGGAGAGGCUGAAGCAGCUCUACAUGCUUCCCACGGUACUUUUGAGGCAUCGCGUGCACUUGGUCCGGAUGGGAGAUAUUGGCGACCACCCUUAUCCCCGAUUUUGAAAUGACAACUUUAAAGCUACAACAUCAAUCAAAUUUUCAAUCCGUC